AUGCUAGAAGUCGAUGAAACAGCCGGUGACCUCCCUGUCAAAGAUGUGGGACUUCAGCACAACAUCAUUUCAGCCGUUGAAGAUGCCGUUCAUAACCUCAGAACCUUCAGAAAGCAGCCGGGAGUACCAGCCAAAGAGACAGACCUGCGGACUCGUCAGCGAGUGUCCAAAGUUUCCAGAGACCACCUUGAAGAUCAGUUCCUAAGGCUCCACGAAGAGAACCAGCUGCUUAAACAGUAUGCCAGACAGCAGGAAGACAAGAUGAAGAGAAUGGCAACUAAGUUACUUCGGCUUACAAGUGACCGGCAGCGUGGAGUUGCUACUGGCCGCCAGUCUGUCAGAGAUACAGAGCUGGAAGAUCUGGUGGAGGACUUGCAGGACCAAGUCAGGACUCUUGAGCGUAAUCAAGAUACCCUACGGAACAAGCUCAGUGUGGCCUACCAACAGCUGCAAGUGCAGGGAAGUCGGCACUCCCCAUAUUGCCAGGUGCCGGCCCGGGUCAACACGGGGCUGCACGGAUCAAGGGACCCAAAGUUACGCAAAGGUGACCUGUCCAUGGUUGUUAUUUUAGGUCCAAGAGUCCAGAACACAGAUAUAGAUGUGAGGAGGCCUACAAAAACUGCUCCACCGAGGCUUGGAGCAAACACUUUGGAUGAAAUGCAAGCAGAGGUUGAACAGUUAUACUCACGGCUCAGAUCCACCUUGACCGAGUCUCAGCAUUCCAAGAUGGCAGAGCUGGAGACCGCAGCUGAGUACGUGAAGCAGUGUCUGAAAUCCAAAGAGAUGCAAAUGGAGGAAAUCCUUCAAGAGCUACGCAAACAGCAGGCUGACAAGCACAGGGCAACAAUACGAGACAACGUGGACCUUAUCCGGCUACAGAAGAAGCUUUCAGACAAGAGUGCUGCCCUGUUGAUCGCUGAAGAAAAGCUUGCUGCGCUACAAGAGUCAUAUGAAACUCAACUGGAAGAGAGUCAGAAAUCCUUGAAGGAGAGUUGUAGCUCCCUGCUGGGAAAAGUUCAGGAGCUCACCGAUGCCCUCAGAGAAGAACAGGAGAAGAACCUGUCGUUGGAGAGCCAACUCAAGGUGGCCACCAUCUCACACCAAGCACUGGACGAGCUCCAAGCACAAAUCUCUAAUCUGGAGAUGGAGAAGAGUCUUCUCAAAGAGGACUACGACAGACUGUUGGACAGUACCCUGAAUGCUGACAGCACAAGAAACCGGAAAGAAGCAGAGGAGCAGCUCAGAGCCGAAAACCUAAGGUUGGAAAAUGCAAUCCAAGAAGAGCUAAGUGAGAAAUGUAAGGUACUGGAGGAGAUGAAACUGCAGAGAGAAGCCCAUGAAGCUCUUAUACAGAAGCACUCUUCACUAGAACAGGAAGCGCUGCAUCUGAAAGAAGAUGUGAGCUCCCUUCAGCAGAAGAUCACCUUCAUUACCUCGGAGUGUGACAUGAGUGUGGAGACUCUAAGUGAAACCCUAAUGCAGAUUAAGUCCUUCAGGCUACAACGAGCUAAUGAGCAUUUAGACUUCCUGCAGAAAGAUGAUGAUAACCAAGGGUCUAAACCAGCAGCAGCAGCAGCAGCAGCUCGUACACUUCGAGAUCUCCAAGUAUCCUAUGCAGAAACGGUGCUAGAAUUGGAGAAGACCAGAGACAUGCUAAUCCUUCAGCACAAAAUCAACAAGGAUUACCAGUUGGAAUUGCAGACGGUAAUGCGGAAAGCUGAGGAUGAUAAGGAAGACUUUGAGCGGAGGUUGGAGCAGAAUGCCCAUCUUUUGAAUAUCAGAGCUCAGCGAAUUGGGACUCUGGAAGCCCAACUCAAGGACAUUGCCUAUGGCACAAGGUGCUACAAGAGUAAAAGUCAUCAACGAAGUGGAGAGACCUGUGAUGAGGACAACAUCACCCUGAGGCAUGGGGAGAACCUCUUAGAGGUUUAUGUCGGCGGCGCUUAUUUCACACCAGAGGCCUUGAGAAUCCUGGAAGACAGAGACGCAACAACAUUUUGCUCUUUGGCCUUUUAUGAUUUUGAGACCCAGAUAACACCAGUGGUCCGAGGAAUGCAGCCGAUGUACAACUUCACGUCCCAAUACCCAGUGGCGCUAGAUGAUUUCUUCCUUCAGUACCUGAGGACUGCCUCUCCCAGGCUGGAAAUCCACGUGGCCAAUGGCACCAGCUUUCACACCCUAGGGGUCUGUCAGAUCCCAUUCCCUGAAGUUCUGGAGAAAGCAAUGGAGCGUAUUUAUGGGAAAACAUCUAUAAUAGGUCCACGAGGAGAGACUUUGGGGGUGUUGGAGUACUGGGCCCGCCUGCGUAUUCCCAUCGAAAAGACCACCCGUCUACACCGAAACAGGAUGACAGCGUUGGGGUACCUGUCAGCGAAUGCACAACAGCGUGGGCAACAGAUGGGAGGAUUUAGCAAAGUGCAGAGUAUCACGGAGACCUUAGUGGACAUCCAAGGCUCUUUUGAGGAGUUGCCGGAGAGAAUCGAGGCUGAGAUUCAGGUUCUGGAAUGUCGUUUGCAGCAUCAGUACAGGAGGUACAGAGAGCUGAGGGACUGCUACCUCUGCAGCUCCACCACCACUUCUCCUUCUGCUCUGGUCCUGAGUCUGAUCAAUUUCUCAUCCCCGGCCAGGAUGCCUGUCUGCCUACUAGGAGCCUCCCGUCCAGGUAAGGAAUCACCCACUGUUCUGGCUGGGAUGCCCGUCCCGCCCAUGUGGCAUCUACAAGAGGAUCCAUUUGGUAUUCAGUGCCAGCACGGAGCCCCCACUCUGCCAGCAUCCCUGAUAGACACUCAGAUGCAUAACCAGCUGGAGGUUACAGUCGUGGGCUGCAGUGGACUGAAGUCGCGUUGGCCCGGCUUUGUGCCAGAUGCCUACGUCAUCUACAAGUUUUAUGACGAACCUGAUCAUGAUUCACUCAUCAUACCCUGCAGUGAAGACCCCGUGUUCAAUGACACUGCCAGCUUCGAUGUGCCCAUGACCUUUGACCUGCAGAGGUACCUCCGAUUUGAAACACUCUGGAUUUAUGUUUUUGAUGACGCCGAUCCAGAAACAGCAGCGUACCUUGGCAAAGCUGGCAUCCCUUUGAUAUCCCUGGCCCAAGGAAAACCUGUGAAAGGAAAUUUCGCACUACAAGGCCCGGAAGGACAGCCGGCGGGCUCCAUUCAAGUGGCCCUCAGAUGGAAGUUCCCAUACACGCCUCCAGAGAAUUUGAAGAAGUGGCCCACGGAAGCUAAAAGCAAACCAAGGAAAGAAUUUGUCCCACUGACUGAGCGUGUGCCAGUCGCCAAGCCUCGGACUAAGCUGGCAUCCCAAACCAUCCAGGUCAGCCCCACAAUGAAGACGGUGGACUCUGGCCAGGUGCCUCCUCCAAAGGCAGCUCCAUCCAGUCACCCGCCACAUGGAUUCUCCAGGCGUAGGAAGAAGCUUUGCAUGUCAGCGCCUUCUGAUGCAGCCGAGGCAAGUGGAACAGAAGAACUCAAAGCUGAUCCUGUCCAAACACAAGAGCAAGAGGUGCCAAGAGAGGAACCGGUGGAGCAGUCCAAAGAAGUGAAAAUGAUGGAAGAGAUGGAACUACAGGAUGUGGAGGAGGAAGACUCCACAUUAAAUGGAGUGCAAACAGUGACGGAGAUGAACGAAGACGGCCAAGUCCUGGAAGAAGUUGUGAGCAUGGCAGACUCGAGCGACUCCCAGACCUCUGACAGUGAUGCUGUUGUCAUACCGAAACCCGCACUGCCCACCAAGAUGCAGUCUGAGCGUCUAAGAGUAGAAAUCCUGUCACUGACUAUUGUUCCCGAGUCACGGGUGGCUCUCGAUGAAGAGAUUCAACAACUCUAUGUGGAGUACAGAAUAUAUGGAGUCCCCCCGGAGACAACAGAGACACCCAUUUCACUACGGAAACCAACACAAGGCGAAGAGAUACACUACAACUUCACAAGAGUGAUCUAUGUGGACAAAGCUGAGAACUUUGCUGUGCGGCAGAAUCUUUACACCAUGUUGGAAGGAAAGGACCCCAAUAAGGGCAGGUUAAAGUUUACCGUAGUAAGUGAGCCAGUAGAGGAAGAGCAUGAAGAAUGCCAAGAUGUCGGUUAUGCAUAUCUGGACCUAAAAGCCAUUCUCUUGUCAGGAAGCGACGUUGUUGAACAGCAGUUGGACGUUGUGAAUGCAGAAGAUUACAGAGACGUGAUUGGGAAGCUUAAAGUUUCACUUGAAGCAGCACAGGCUUUCUGCCACAUCUACUGGGAGUUUAAAAAUAAUGAAGAAGUGUCAGAAGACAAUGACAAUGAAUAA